AUGUCUUCCACUGCUAUCCAGCUCAACUUCUCCCUUCGCACUUCUUCUAAUGUGAAGACCGUCCAUCUUUUGGGCUCUUGGGACAACUAUGCCGGCCAGCUCCCCCUCUCCGCCUCCAAGUCCAAGGCUGGCUCGUGGCAGGGGGCUUUCCGCUUCCAGACUACCAUGCUUCACCCCGGCUCUCGCUACUGGUACUACUAUAUCAUGGACGGCUACCAUGUCUCCCAUGACCCUGCAGCCGAGUUCACCGUUGAGCCAACCACCGGACGCAAGUUGAACAUCCUUGAUGUUCCCCGUGUGUCCUCAACCAAGUCUGCUCCAACCUCCAAGCCACGCCGCGACAGCGUUGAUGUACCAGUCGGCCGCGCUCUGUCUCCAUCCAGAAUCUUGCACCCGCGUCCUUCCAAGCCAUACGCAUCACGCCAAAUCCGAGAAGCCAACUACCAGGACUUGCCAACCGUCGACGCGCUGACCGCGAGAUUCAGAAAUACUGAUCUCUCAGAUGACGACUCCGACAUCUCUUCCUCGCCGCCAUCUUCAUCUGGAUCUUCUCUCUCCUCACGCUCCAACAACACCUCGCCAUCUUCCGUAUCCUCCUUCAGUGAUCUCGACUCAGCUUGCAGCUGUCAAAGAUUCGGAAUCACCCGCAGCGGAGAGAAGGUCAAGAUUGACUGUGGUGGUCGUCGAUGUGGCUACAACUCCCUGUCAGACUCCUCUGAUGACUCUGACGAGGCAUGCAGCUCUGAUGAAGAAUACAAGCAUGUCCGCACCCAACUUCGCCGCCAGAACAUCACCGUCCGCAGGUAA